AGAUGAAAAUAUCUAACUAAAACAUUAUCACAAGUGGAAGUCAAGGAAAAAAACCGUAUUGUAGCAAACGCAGAUAUGUGAUUGAUUCAAUUUCAUCUCGGGUUUGUUAGUUUAUUUUGUUUUUCUGUCUCAAAACAAAAUGUCUCCGAAGGUUUCGGAAAGAUCAGCUUCACCGCCGCUUACAGUACAUGAUGAUAAUUAUAAAAUAAAAAUAUUUCACAGUACUUUCAAUCUAAUAACUCACAUACUGAUAGGAGUUGUCGUGGGUAUUUCUGUGAUAUUUUCAUUUCGUAAUGGAACUCCAUUGGGUGCGACACCAUUGCAUAUUGUACUAUGCGUUGUGGGGUACCAAUUAUUAAUGGCUGAAGCCAUUCUGAGUCUGUCUCCGCACAAUGGUUGGUCCUCAAACCUGAAAUUAGUGGACAAAAGACGUGCGCACUGGAUUCUUCAGACGCUGGGCUCUGGAUUGGCUAUUGUUGGAUCUUUCAUUAAAAUUAUAGACAAGAGCACGCACUUGAAUACCUUACACGGGAAAUUUGCUAUAGCUGCCCUCGUCUUUACGACUGUGAGUUUAAUCAACGGCCUGGGAUCCCUGUGGGCAUUUGAACUGCGAAGAUAUAUUCCAAUCAAUGUAUCCAAACUAAUUCACAUUGGCAUUGGCAUCUUCGUGUUGCCGACGUCAUCCAUUGCACUUUGUUACGGCUUUGAUAAGAGCAUGUUUAAGUCCUGGAUUUCAGAUGAAGUUGCUUUCACUUUAAUCGGUUGUACCAGCGCGUUCACAGUAAUAAUCAGCUUCAACUCAUUUACGACUUUUCAUGUCAAAUUAUGGAAAUGUUUUAAAUCGUAAAUACAUUCAUUAUGAGAUAAAUUAAAUAAUGCUUAAAUUAUAAAAAUUCUGUAUACAUUUAUGAUGAUGAUUAUAAUGAUAAUACUAUCAUCUGAAGAGAUUAAAUUUGAUGAGCGAAUCGAUUGAACAACAAAAUCAUAAAUUUAUUAGUAAUAACUCUUACGAGCUUCAUUGAAUUGAAUUUACAGUAAUCAAUUUUUUUCUUUUAAUAAAAAUGUAUUUUGUACUGA